GUCCAGCUUGUACUGAUGCUUCGUCUCAUUCCCUAAGGUAAUUCUGCUGCCUUGCCAUUUCUGGUUUUGUCUGGGAUUUGUUUGUUGUUUAUCCAAAAUUAAUUGUAUUCUGCUACUGAGAUCAAAGAACUUAAGUUUACGUCUAUUGAGAUGAACCUGCGGUGUAGUUUACAGAGAAGAAGCACCUUCAGAAAGUGUGUGUGAUUUGGGCAGAAAGCAAGCAAGAGGUGGAAGCACUGCAUUGCAGAAAGAGAGCAGGUUAGGAUUAUAGCGAACAUAGAGCGUAGCAAUCAGAACAGCUUCAACAUUACUCUUUAAAAGAAUGGAUUAAUUAUUCCAGCGACAUUGUCCUGUGCGUCACUGUGCUAAGAGGGCUUUUAUUUCUUCCCUCUGGAGUGGGGGAAGAAAGUGGUUGCUUGAAUCACUGUUGAUGUACAGCACAUGAAUUCCAGUUUUCAUUUUAUGAACAGUUUCUAUCACCAUGUCUCGUGUGGGCUGCCUCAUGCUCAUUGUACCAUGGGGUUAGAGACGCUGUCACCAUUCCUAUAAAUAGCCUGCUUGGUUAUGAAGGACUGUUAGUGUUUCUUCUGGGAAGAAUAGGACUUUUGACUAAUGGCAUUUUAGGCCAGUUUCCUUUAAACUUUCUAGAGGAGAUAGGAUUUGGAGAGUAGAAGACCUGCUAAAGAAAGCCAGUAAUCAAGGUAUUAAUGUUUGAAACAGGUAUUUUCUAAGCCUGGAAAAUUUGCAGAGAAAAAACAAAGGUAGAAGGAGCAGGGCAGUGGUGUGCUUUUAAAAAAGAAGGCUUAGCUGCUGGGCUGACAAGGAACAAGGCAGCUGCCAUGCGGAGAAAGAGAAGUUUCCGGUGAUCCAGUCAAAAGCUGAGCUGCAGUGCAAGGAUUGCUGCAAUGUCAGAGAGUCUGCUCUGCACCAGAAAAAUGCUCCAGUGUACUGGGAAAUGCGAGAAUGAAAGACUGAAGGAGGGAGCACUGAGAAGAACACAAAAAAAGGGGAAAUCUGUUUGCCUCUGCAAGUUUCCCUUCACAUAAGGAAAUCUGAAAAAAUGGGAUUUUUGCAUCUCUCCAGCCAGCACUGAAAACGAAUGGGGAUUGAAUUGCUUUGCCUCUGUUUCCUAUUUCUGCAAAGAAAUUACUAUGUGCAAGGGACCUGCUCUCAGGAAAGUGCAGUGACUUGUGAAGAUUGUUUGCUUUCCGGACCACAGUGCGCUUGGUGUUUUCAAGAGAAUUACACGGACUUAGCUGGACUUCAUGGGAGGUGUGAUACCCCAGAAAACCUUCUGUCAAAAGGAUGCCAGCUGAAUUUGAUUGAAUUUCCCCUUUCAGAAUUAGAAAUUCACAGCAACAAGCCCUUAACUGUAGCGGUCCAGAAGAAUAAUUCUGAUGUCACACAAAUUUCUCCUCAAAAAUUAACUCUCAGGCUGCGCCCAGAAGUGCUGAUAUGUAUCUCAUUUCCCAUGACCCUCAUAGGACAUGAAGAAACAAUACAGAUCAAAGUUCGCCAAACUGAAGAUUAUCCAAUUGAUCUCUAUUACCUCAUGGAUCUUUCAGCCUCCAUGGAUGAUGAUCUGAAUACAAUCAAAGAGCUGGGUUCAACUCUUUCCAAAGAAAUGUCAAAACUGACAAGCAACUUCAGACUGGGAUUUGGAUCUUUUGUUGAAAAACCGGUUUCACCAUUUAUCAAAACUACAGCUGAAGAAAUAAACAACCCUUGCAGAAGCGUACCAUACGAGUGCUUACCCACCUUUGGAUACAAACAUGUUUUGCCACUAACAAAUGAUGCUGAAAAAUUCAAUGACAUUGUGAAACGACAGCGAAUCUCUGCUAAUAUAGACACUCCAGAGGGAGGAUUCGAUGCAAUUAUGCAGGCAGCUGUUUGCAAGGAAAAAAUUGGAUGGAGGAAUGAUUCUCUACACUUGCUAGUGUUUGUGAGUGAUGCUGAUUCCCAUUUUGGGAUGGACAGUAAACUGGCAGGGAUUGUAAUUCCUAAUGAUGGGAACUGUCAUUUGGACCACAACAAUGAAUAUUCCAUGUCAACUGUUCUGGAGUAUCCCACAAUUGGACAACUAAUCAACAAACUUGUGCAAAACAAUGUUUUAUUAAUUUUUGCUGUAACGAAUGAGCAAGUUCACACAUAUGAGAACUAUGCAAAGCUUAUUCCUGGAGCUACUGUUGGACGACUACAGAAGGAUUCUGGAAAUAUUCUCCAGUUGAUCAUUGCUGCAUACCAAGAGCUGAGGUCCGAGGUGGAGCUGGAGGUCUUGGGAGAGACAGAAGGGCUCAAUCUCUCUUUCACAGCCAUCUGUAACAAUGGGACCCUUUUUCCACAUCAGAGGAAAUGCUCUCAUGUGAAAGUGGGAGAUACAGUCUCUUUCAAUGUGACUGUAAGUCUCCCCUCUUGCGAGAAAGGCAGAAGGCGUAUUGUGAUGAAACCAGUGGGACUCAGUGACACACUGGAAAUGGAAAUUCACCCACAGUGCAGCUGUAACUGUCAGGCAAAGGCUGAGAUGAAUAGCCCAAAAUGCAACAAAGGGAAAGGGUUGUUCGAGUGCGGAGUGUGCGUCUGCAGCCCGGGGUAUGUGGGGCCGCACUGCGAAUGCGACGAGGGCAGCCUCACCACCAGCUCCUGUAAGAGCUCAGCAGAUCAGAGCUCCUGCAGCGGGAGAGGUGACUGCUACUGUGGGCAGUGCGUCUGUCACCCAUCUCUAUACGGAAAGGUGUAUGGGCCACGCUGUGAAUGCGAUGACUUCUCGUGUGUGAGACACAGAGGGCUCCAGUGUGGAGGCAAUGGUGACUGUGAUUGCGGGGAAUGUGUGUGCCACAGUGGAUGGACUGGUGAAUACUGCAAUUGCACAACGGAUACCAGCCCCUGCGUUGCUGAGGAUGGGAUGCUAUGCAGUGGGAGAGGCGAAUGCAUCUGUGGGUCAUGUGCUUGCACCCAUCCAGGGGCUUCAGGCAAGAUGUGUGAAAAAUGCCCUCUCUGCGGUGACCCUUGCAGUUCCAGGCGGAGCUGUGUGGAAUGUCACUUGGCCUCCGAUGAGAAUUCACUGGCAGAAUGCAGUGAAAAAUGCAAAUUGGUUGAUGCAACUGUCAGCACCACAAAGGAUUAUUCAGAGGAUAAAUCCAUUCCCUGCUCUUUGAAGGGGGAAAACGAAUGUAUAACCACAUUUCUACUGGCUGUGGAUGAACAGGGAACGACAGUCAUUCAUAGCAUAGAACAGAAAGACUGUCCACAGCUUCCAAAUAUCCCAAUGAUAAUGGUGGGUGUCACUCUUGCUAUCCUUCUCAUUGGCAUUGUUUUACUUUGUAUAUGGAAAUUACUGGUGUCAGUUCAAGACCGAAAAGAGGUGGCCAAGUUUGAAGCAGAAAAAUCAAAGGUGAAAUGGCAAACGGAAACAAAUCCAUUAUAUAGAGGCUCAACAACCACUUUUAAAAAUGUAACUUACAAGAACCAAGAAAAACAAAAAGGGACCAUGGCUGCAGAUUUCUAUUAGCACCUGCGACGCUACAAACUUAGGUUUACUGGCAAGAGAUCUAACCCACUUGUUUCUUCUAGCUGACUACGUGAUAUUUGCUUGCACAUUGCAGUGAUAUAAUCAUUCUGUUAGAGAAGAUAUAUCUCGUAUUGGGAAAACUGUAGAUAACAUAUUAGUGCUAAAGGUUAGUAGAAAUACUAAGAACAAAAGAAACUUUACUAUUAAAGCCCCCCAUCUUAAAAAAAAAGCAUUACAAAAAAUUUCAGUUUUCUCAUUAAUACUGACCAUUAAAAAUUAUCAUAUGUAAGCCUAUUUUUGUGAAAUUAGGUAUACGUAAUGAGCUGUACACUACUUUGUUCAUAUGCACAAUCCCAAAUAUUUGUGUUUAGGAAUGUAUUUGUACCAGUCUAUUUGGUGGGCUGGUUUAAAUUUAAGAAGGUAAUUUUUUCAUGAAUGCUGCUUAAACAACUGAGGUUAGUGGUUACUCAUGUCAUCUAUGCGACUGAACAAUUUUUCAUCAGAAACAAGUAGUGUUAUUGCCUAUCUUCUAUGUACAUAAGAUACACAGAAACAUCUCGUCUCUAAGUCUUCUUUCUUGUCCUUGUUACUGUUUUUCUUUAAGAACUCAGUCCCUCUCAGGGAAAGCUAAAUCAAGCCCUUAUUCACUCGCAGAGUUGUUUUCUCUUCCAGGCAUAGAUGGUACUUUUUUUUAAUUCUCUCUUGCUUAAACAGUAGUAGAGAGGAUCCAGAGCAAAAGAGAAACACUUGUAAAUUAGAGACACUAGUAGAGAAACGGUAAACCGCAGGAUAACCAGAACUCAAUUUCACCAUUUAUAUCCUGUUUAGGCACUCAAAAUAAACCUUGCAUGCCGAAACAUUACAUGAACUGUUGCAGGAGCCCUUUACAUGCAGGAAAAGUUCACACACACAGACUCAGUAUCACACACAAAGACGGUAGUCUUCGGUUGAUAUAUCCAAAAUUCUGGGAUUCUUUCACUACCCAGCAGUCAAACCAUUUAUUCAUGUGUGAAAUAAUAUAUUCAGCUCUUUUGGGCCACCAUUUUUUUUUCCAAAUUAAGCAACAAAAAGACCUAUGGCUUCAACUUCAUAUUCAUUUCUAUGAUAUUAAUAAGGAUUUUUACAUGCCAGUUUCAGGUAGUUACUAAUGACUUGCUAUAUAUUUUUAAAUCGUUAGGAAAUUCUUAAAUCACUAGGAAAAAAAAAGAAGCACCAACAAAAUGAGCUAACGUGCUGGCAUAAAAAAUUACAACAUUGGGCUAUAUUAAGCUAACAAUAGUGUACUUUACUUCUAAUAUCACUUUUCCUCUGUAUUUUUUAGUACUCUGGAACAGAUCAUCAAAAUGUAUAUGUGAACACACUUGUAAAGGAAGACUUAGAAAUCAAAGGUAGAUUAACUUAGUCACAGACAAACAAUUAUGUCCAUUUUCUAUGGUAAAUCACAUAUUUGAUCUAAAAUACUUAAUGUUCAUUUAGAAAUAAAUAUUUACCAAGUCUGUGCAACUUCAGUCUCUCUGUCCUCUCCUGUGAGACUGAUGUGUUAGCCAGCUCUGACCCAUGCCUGUUUUAGGGCCUAAUCAAAAACCAACUGGGAUCAAUGGCUACAGAUGAGGAUCUAGUUUCAGUGAAACUUUUUAGUUUUGGUUUACAAAGAUUGCUUUGUUUAAACAAACGGGUUAACACUGUCUAUGAGUGGAUUAGAACUUACUGUUUAUGUUUCUGUGCAAAGAGAAAUAAGCACUAUCAGAUGCCUUUGGGAAGAAGGUGAUGCUAUAACCAUGUAUUAAAUACAAAAGUAUUGCAGUGUGACAGCAACGAUGGUAAUCAUUUAGCUGGAACAAGUUAAUUACAGGCUCGUAUCUGUACUCUUUGGUAUUCCUUCAUAUCUCAUAGUGGAAACUGUGCACAGACAGAAGCCUGCAUCUGCAGCCCUUCCAACCACUCGGCUCCUACAUAUAUCAGUGCAAGUUACACAUGGGACCAAAUCCUAUUUCCCUAGCACAUGGGUAAGCUCAGGGAACGCAAAGCUGGCCCCUGGAUUGUGUCUCAGAUUCUGCUUGGGUCGGGAUUGUCUAAUGGAGUAGGGAAAUCUGGAUUUAGCCCAUGUAAAUUGUCUGUUACUGUCUUGUUUUUCAUGUAGAAGUCAUCAAAUGACAAACUAUCUCUGAAAGAAAUUAAAAUUCUUUUAUUACUUUUAAAGUAAUAAACCUCUAUACUAUUUAUUAAAUACCUUUUAAGUUCUGUUUCUCAAAAGACUGAUUCUGCUGCUCAUUAUUAGAAUGUAAAGCCCUUCUUCUAUAUGUUACCCAUUUCAAUAUUGAAAUACAUUUCAGUAUUCAAAUGUUGUUAACAAAGUGGUGUUCACAUUUCAUACCAAACACUUAAUGGUCUGCAUUCCCUGUUCCUACAGGAGAUUUCACUUCACAAAGCUACUCACUAUCUUCCCACCACUUGCAUUUUCUGAUCAUCAGCAAAAAUCUGAUUUGUUAUGUAGGCAAUGGUUACAGUCCAAUUAAACCUCCUAGCAAUCUCUCUCCAAAUUAAUAAAGAUGUACAGAAACUGGGCAGUAUGUUUUUUCCAUUUCCCUGCUGUGAUUGGCUGUACUGUAGAUGUUCUGUGCACCUUCAAAAUCAUCAGGAUGGAAAUCAUGCAAAUAACUAAGAAUUCAUCAGGAGAGAGAAAAUAGAAGGGCUUGGUGAGGAAGGUCUCUACUAUUGAGGGAUAUCCACGAACUAGGCUCAUUCAUAUGAAACAUUCUUUUAACAGCAUUAAUUUAGAUCAUUAAUUUUGAUUAAACCCUCAGAUUUCAAGAACUUCCAAGAUCUUACAUGCCAGUCACCCUAGAAAUAAGGGGUGUGAACUUGUACCGAAGUUCAUUUUUUUCUUUCUCUUUCCUUUACCAAAUUAUGAGUGGGUUUGCAUGUUGGUGAGUGGGAUAAAAAAAGUCUUUCUGCUUUUUUCAUGAAUAUUGUUUUGAUCUGAGGCUGGACCUUGAGAUUGGUCAAAACAUCUUUUUUUGAUAGCAAUACUUCUAUUCACUGAAGAGUUACACUGAGUAAAAUAAUAAUCAUUAGCAAUUUUAUGGUACUUGUAUAUCUUUUACAACCUGUAGAAUGGUAAUUUCAGUAAUAUAUGUUAAAUGGACAAUUUUCAUUUGAUUUAUGAAAGUUGCAUGUUGACCUGUAAUGUAUAUGUCCAGAUUGCAUUCAACUUCAUUUUGAUAAUAUAAUUAGUAGGUAGUGAUUCUGGGAUACGAGGCUCGGAUGUCUAGUGCAGGACUCUCCAUGUCUUGUCUAACUUUAUAUACAAGUUCAAGAUGUUUUGCAGCGGGCAUAAGGGAGUUAUUGCCCCCCAAAACCUACCACACAAUUAAAAGUAAAACAAGGAGGUAAUUUUUAUCUUACCCUAUUUGAAAGAAAUAGGUAAAUGCCUCAACUUAUUUCUGUAAAAAAAGGAGUUAUUUAAUCUUGAA